CAAACUAUGUCUUCUUUAUGAAGUCGCUCUUAUGAUAUUUAAUACCUAAAACCCCCAGUUCCAUCUCUGCAAAUUUAAUUGGUUUUCCAAAACCUUUCAAUCUCCACGACCACCCGCUAUGAACACUCAAACAAGUUUAGGAUCAGAGAUUCCAAACGCUCACAUCGUGAUAAAGCAAUGGUGGAUUCCAAUCAUCUAUCUUCUUCUUCUCUUCCAACCGUGUAGCGCAGAAUCAGAGAUCUUCACCAUUGAUGUUCACAGAGCGAACUCUCUUCUCAACAAUGGCAACUACCAUUAUCUUGACGUCAGGACUUCGGAGGAGUUCAUGAAAGGUCAUAUCCACGCCGAUGAUGCUCUUAAUAUUCCUUAUAUGUUUAAUACCCCUCAGGGUAGAGUGAAGAAUGUCAAUUUCUCGGAACAAGUACUCCAAUUGUGUAAAAAGGAUGAUCAUCUUGUUGUGGGUUGUCAAUCCGGCGUUCGUUCUGUAUAUGCAACAACCAUUCUUCUUGAUGCGGGAUUCAAACAUGUAUAUAACAUGGGAGGGGGAUAUCUUGCGUGGGUAGAGAAUGGUCUACCAGUGGCUGUGGUGACACCCAAAGUGGAGCUCUAAGUCCUUUUGCAUGAUUGUAUUCAAUUUGAUUAUUUGAAGCAUUUUGGAAGUAUUGAGUUAGAUUUGACAUUUUAGUUGCAUGCACACUUCGAUUUUAGUAGAAAUUCAU